UCCAGUUUAACUCCGCAUCCACAUUUACUGGAUUGGUGGAACAAGGCAGAAGAUAACCGUCUGCGACCUAGAAAAUAUCAUUGGUCAAAUCAUGACCUCGGUCAUUGGGAAAGUUGAAGCUCUUUCGAAAGAUGUCCGAGUUCCCGACUUGGAAUUCUUGAACGCACUUAAGUCAGAAGUCUGAGAUUUCCGAGUUGGUUUGAACGCGACAAUGUCUGACCUACGUCACAGUCUCUGAAGCGCUGUCAGCUGGUGAAUUCCACUCCAAAUCGCGAGGAGACUUGACUUUGGGCCGUAGCCGAAAAAAAAAAAAAAAAACUUAACGGAAAUAUUUGCUCCACUGAACUCUGGAUAGGCUACUUCGGGGUUUUGGACUCCACAACACAGUCCAACCGCUUUUUGAUUGAGACUCUUGAUGUUGAUUUAUUUGGUCAAUUCGGGAAAUUUACGGAUAAAAUAACAAGGCGAGGUUUCGCGUGUUGGACCGAGAGGCAUUGGAAAACCUCCCUGGUCUUCGUGGUUGAAUCUUUUUGAAAUUCACUGCUCAACUGAGGGACCUUGGAUGUGUGGGGUACAGAGAUCAGCCGGUCCAGAGACCCAGUGCUCUGCUCAGCCCUGCGGUCAUGUUCGGAACAAGAAAGACCUGGGACCUUGGCCACACCCCCUGUCUGCAGGAGCUCUGGAAGAAAGACGUCUCAUUGGAUGCGAGCUCUGUGGACUUUUUGAUGAGUGAUGGUGAGGAGGACUGCUCCUUCCUGUCUCUACCCGCAGCCGCUUUCCCACAACACACCGCUCUGACCACUACUGACCAAUUAGAAACCAGCCAGCACAACCACGACCAACAGCUACUCAUACAGACACUGCAGGAGAAAGUGUGCGAGUUCCAGGCGCGUCUGCGACGCGAGGAAGCUUCCCGGUGUCUGCAGCUGCAGAGACUGCAGCAGAGUCACGAACAGAGUCCGCAGGAGAAGACUAACGUCAUACACACUCUACAAGAGGAGCUGCACACAGCCCUGCCAAACGGUGUUCGGGCAGUGCAGAGGCUGGGUGAGCCACAGGAGCAUCAGCAGCACAGCAACCGUCUCAUUCAGGAAGGAGAGCAGCUCAUCGCAGCGCUGCGCACACAGGUGGGGGAGCUGGAGGAGAAGCUACUAGACCAGAACCAGGAGGUGGAGAGACUGCGCUCGGAGCUGGGGGCGACCGACCUGGAGAAGCACCUGGAGCUGCUGGUGGUCGAGAACGAGCGGCUGAAGCAGGAGCUGAAGGCAUGCAAGACCUCACUGCUCCAGGAGCCUCCUCCACCGGCCUGUACAACCACUGACUGCCCCCACAGCCAGGAUGCGGAGGCCCUGCGUGAAGCGGUGUCUCGCUGGGAGAACCAGGCCAGACCGAGGCAGAAGAGGCUGGCUGAAUUAGAGCAGCAGGUCCUGGAGAAGGCCAGCAGGGUGGAGACGCUCAGCCGACAGCUGGAGGAGUCCAAGCGCCACGCGGGGGAGAUGCAGAGGCAACUGGAGGAGUCUAAGUGUCAGCAGGGGGAGGUGGAGCAGCAGCUGAGUGUGCGGCUCAGAGAUUGUGAGGAGGAGCUGGUCAGACAGGCCACCCGGCCCCAUCAGGUCAAGUAUGUGACUGAGAUAGUGGAGGUGGAGUCGUCAGAGUCUCAGCAGGCCGUAGCCGAGGCCCAGGCCAAGAGCGUCGCCCUGCAGGAGCAGCUAUCACUUCAGAGACAGCUGCUCCGAGAGCUGGAGACACAGUUGCACGAUUCCCAGAGGACCAGCACCCAGCUCCGAGCUCAGAUCCUGGUGUACGAGGGGGAGAUGGAGCGGGCCCAGGGCCAGUUGGAGGCUGAAAUGCAGAACCUGGAGGAGGAGAAGAACAGGGUGAUAGAGGAGGCCUUCAUCAGGGCCGAAAGCGAGAUGAAGGCCGUGCAUGAGAACCUGGCAGGGGUGCGUAUGAACCUGUUGACCCUGCAGCCAGCCCUGCGUACUCUCACUUGUGACUACAACUGUCUGAAGAGACAGGUUCAGGACUUCCCCUUCAUGCUGGAGAAGGCCAUCACCGAGGCCAAGCAGGAGAUCUGCCAGGUGAUAGGCGAGGUGAGCAGUGCCAACCAAGAGCUGCUGAGGAAGUACAAGAGAGAGAUGAACCUGAGGAAGAAGUGUCACAACGAGUUGGUGCGCAUCAAAGGUAACAUCAGGGUGUUCUGUCGGGUGCGGCCGGUGUGCCAGGGGGAGCAUGAUUCUGCCGAAAACAUGGUCAGCUUUGACCCAGACGACGAUGCCCUUCUCUAUCUUUCCAACAAGGUCAAACUGAUGACCUUUGAACUGGACAAGGUGUUCCACCCUCAGGCCACACAGGAAGAGGUGUUCCAGGAGGUCCAGUCCCUGGUGACGUCCUGUAUUGAUGGCUUUAACGUGUGCAUCUUCGCCUACGGACAGACGGGCUCAGGAAAGACCUACACCAUGGAGGGUGUGGCCAAGGACCCGGGCAUUAACCAAAGGGCUCUCAGACUGCUGUUCUCUGAGGUGACUGAGAAAGCGCCCGACUGGGACUUCAAGAUCACUGUUAGCAUGGUGGAGAUCUACAACGAGACCCUACGGAACCUUUUGGGGGACAUCCAGGGUGAGAAGCUGGACAUCAAGAUGAACCCGGACGGUAGCGGUCAGCUCUAUGUGCCAGGCCUCACGGAGUUCACUGUCCAGAGCCCUGAGGACAUCAACAGGGUGUUUGAGCUGGGUCACAUGAACAGGGCCACAGCCUGCACCAAUCUGAACGAACACAGCUCCCGCUCUCACGCCCUCCUCAUCAUCACCGUAGCAGGCGUCAACACCUCCACCGGGCACCGCACGCAAGGUAAGCUGAACCUGGUUGACCUGGCUGGCUCAGAGCGGAUUGCUAAAUCUGGGGCAGAGGGCAGCCGUCUGCGAGAGGCCCAGUGCAUCAACAAGUCCCUGUCGGCCCUUGGUGACGUCAUCAAUGCGCUACGGAGCCGACACUCCCACGUGCCCUUUAGGAACUCCCGGCUCACCUACCUGCUGUCUGACUCACUGAGCGGGGACAGCAAGACCCUGAUGAUGGUGCAGGUGUCUCCCCUGGUCAGUAACAUGAGUGAGUCUGUGUGCUCUCUGAAGUUUGCCCAGCGGGUACGGACCAUCGAGCUGGGCAAUGCCACCAGGAGACAGUGGGAGAAUUCCUCCACCUCCUCCUCGCCCACCCACGACAGUGUGGAGCUGGACUCUCCCCCGGUGACUCCCGUGCCCCUCCCUAUCUCUCGGGCCAGCAGUGCCGGCUCCACCCUCUCUGCCUCCUCCAAAACCCCCACCACACGACGGAGGUCUCAGUCCCAGCUCUCUACAGACAGGCUGUUAGGCAGAGCCAUCCCAUUGGUGGGGGACGGUGGGCAGGACGACUGAAACUGUCUGUCUGAAGGCUCCAAUGGAUUCAGAAUGAAACCGGACCCUGAUCCAGUCAGCCAUUGGGCCAUCUGAACAGGAGGGUGUUAACCAGCACCUUGACCCACCAAUAGAAAGUCUCUGCUUUGGGAACAACCUAUCCACUAUCAGCCCUGUCUCCUUCUGCUGAUCUCACUCAGCCAAUGGGUGAGAGCAACUGGACGAGGCAAAUUAUCAGAUCUGACCGAUCGAACGGUGACAUUUUAAUUUGAAGAGCAGAGGGACAAAGAGGGGGAUAUGAACUUUGACCCUCAUGGAUGGCCGCCUCAUGCUGCAUACCGAGACUCAGUCCCAAUGCUCUCCAGUUCUCAAUUUCUUCAUUUCCACUGAUAGCUGAAAGGAAUCGAUAGGUGUUCAUUUUAGCCAGGACUGUUGUACAGCCCCCCCAUAUCUUAACUACGUGCCCUCGUCUAUACCCCUGAAGGAACACAACACACCAGACUUCCACACCUGACUAGGGGCCAAAUGGGAGGAGCACCUGAGAGUAACACAGGCCCGUGUCCAAAAAACAACUCUCUCAUAAAGAAACCCUUUACCCCUCACAGCCCAGAACAACUCCACCCCACCUUUCACUCCUUCCCCUUUGACCGUUAUACUGAGCCUGUGAUCUAUUCUCCCAUUGGCCAAUGGACUUCCUCAAAAUAAUGCCACACCCCUAGUGCUAACUAGUCCCAUCAUCCACUAACAGUAUAGCCCUUCUAAUCACAGUAUUUCUGGGUAAAAAUGCACUUUAAACAAGGCUGUUACCUUCUUGAUGUGUUUUAUAACAAUGCUCCAGUUACGGAUUAUGAUAAUAUGCAUAUACAGUAUAUAUGUGUGUUUUGAGAUGUUUUUAAUCCCUUAAAUCUCCUUUGGUUGUUUUUUUGACGAGGAUUCCAUCCUGGUCUCCUUCUACACUUUCUCCCCCUCAUCCAAUCAGGGUACUCCACAUAUGUUACUGUGGAGUACCCUGAGUACCCAAUAAGACGCAAGCAAUAGAGAUGUGAGUGCAGAGAGAGGUUAACUUCCUGUGUAGCCGUUUGUGUUUUAGAGGGCAAUACAUAGCUGCCUCAGCACUGCAUGGAAAUGUUCAUGUUAUCGUGUUUCUUGUACCGAGCGAAUAAAGCGAGACCGACUCAAACGCCAUUCCUGUUAUUGGAUGCUGCCGGUUGGAGUUGCCCAGAGGCACAUUUCUAGGAUCAGAUUAUUCAAUAGGGACACAACACAAAACUGACCCGAGAUCUGCAUCCAGGACAGCUUUAUCCUACUCCCUAUGGCUGACCACAAGCAGCAAAUGACAACGGAUCGCCUCACGGAGCAGACACAUAUGUAGCUACAGAAAUUGCUGCCCCUGCGGGAGUGAUUAAGCUUGUGAACUGUUUUUCAAAAUGCAUCCAGUGUAAAUAGGAAUGCUUAGUACAUUUGAUCAGCUGAUCGAUCAAUACAUAUCAGCUGUGCUUCUUCAAUGUUAAACCAAUGUUCCCUUCAUGUCCAGGGGUCUCCAAGGAACAUUGAGGACACGCUGCAUCAUGUUGGUUGUUGAUGGGUAUCUUUGCUUGCUUUUGUCUUCGUUGUAGCUGCCGUAGGUUUCUACAGUCUUGUUUUUGUACACCCUUUUUAAUAAACACUCGAUACCAAAUGGAA